UCCGUGAUCUGUUUCACUUUCACAUGUUGGGAAGUCCAGUUCUUAUGAAUCUUUGUGAAUAUAUUUCAAGCAGUAUACGUUUCUGCCCUCUCUCUAUAUAAUGGUUGCCUGUAUAAAUCUCACUGGCCCUGAUUACAAUCUCAAUUUUGAAAACGCAGCAUAAGAAAAUGAAGAUAAGUUUCCUAGUAUUGGCUCUCUUACUUUCUUCCUUAAGUAUUAUAUCGUCUAUGGCUUUAACUGACACAAUUGUGCUUGAUAUGGAUGGCGCGAAACUGCAGACAUCCUCAAAUUACUACGUUGUUCCUGUCAUUCGUGGGAAAGGUGGUGGUGGACUGGGAAUUGGGCUGCUAGACAAUACAUGUCCCUUCUUUGUUCUGCAGGAAAAUUUUGAAGUUUCUAAUGGAAUACCACUGAGAUUUUUUCAUGCUGAUAGGAAUCUGAAGGCAGUAAAUAUAUCAGUUGAUGUGAAUGUAGUGUUCUCAACAGCGACAACCUGUGUACAGUCGACUGCUUGGAGACUUGGAGAAAUUGAUGAUUUAACGGGCAAGAGGUACGUUAAAACCGGUGGGAUUGUUGGUAAUCCAGGUUUAGGGACAGUUAAUAACUGGUUUAAGAUAGAAAAACAUGGAGGAGACUAUAAACUUGUUUAUUGCCCCAGUGUUUGUAAGUUCUGUAAAGUUGUUUGCGGGGAUUUGGGAGUUCUUUAUGAGGAUGGUAGUAGAUGGUUAGGUUUAAGUGAUGUACCGCUAGCAAUUAUGUUCAGAAAGGCAUAAAAUUGUUGUGUUUUUUCCUUAUCAAUCACAAAAAUUGGGAGAAACUUGUUCAGAAACAACUUUUUUUGCUCGAGAAUUCUAUUAUGCAUUACCUGUGAAUGUAGUGUU